GCCGAGCGCUGGGUUUGUGGCAGUAAUGGGAAAUCCUACAGGAAUCACUGUGAGCUGCACCGAGACGCCUGCAUGAGUCAGAACAAGAUCCACGUGGAGCACAGGGGGCGCUGUCUGGACAAACCAGCGGAGACAGACGUCAGCCCGAUUGUGUGUUUCCUGGCUGAUCGUGAUUGGCUGAGGGAGCGAGUGAUCCAGUGGAUUCAGACGGAGGUGGAUCCUGACCGUCGGUCCCUGAACGCCUCGUCAGUCAGUGACCUGCUGCUCGACUACUUCCAGACGUUCGAUGACGGCGACUCUCAGCUGGACUCCAAAGAGCUUCUGAACUUCCUGAAACACAACGAGGCGCCUCUGAACCUGACGACCUUUGACCCGCUGCUCAGGUCUCUGUGUGUCGACGCCCUGAUCGAGCUCUCGGAUGAAAACGCCGACUGGAAGCUGAGUUUAACCGAGUUCAUCAACUGCCUGACGCCCGAAUACCGUCCAGCAGAGAGGAAGUGUGCUCUGGAGGACGGGGUGUUCGAGGACGGAGCUGAGACUCGGAUGGAGUGUAACAGGUGUGUGUGCGCCUGUGGGAACUGGGUGUGCACGGCUCUGACCUGCAACGGUGAGUCUGCCGAGACAUGUGAGGAAGAGGAGGAAGAGAUGACGGAGGAGGAGUGGAGCCGGAGGGUGGCUGAGCUCUCCACACAGCGGCUCCGCCUGUAG